UAAAAGGAAAGAAAAAAAAACCGCGGCUGGCCCUAUACCAAAACCCGGGAGAUUCUUCGGGUUAAUUUGCUGAAUUGAUUUGUCCAGCGAACGGAACAGAACAGAGAUCCAAACUCAUUUGAUCCUUCGUUAAAAAAAUCCCAAAUAAUUCUGCUCUCUUUCGAUCAGAUUGUUUCUCUUCGAUUCAAUUGUUCUCCCCGAAAUUGAACAAAAAUCAAAUUCACUUUCUGGGCUUCUACUUUGUCUCUUGUGUUCGAUUUAGGUGUCCUGAUCGGAUUUUCGAAUUUGAUCUAUAGCUAGUGGGGCAAAUCUUAUAAGUUUGGGGCUUUACUGUUUCGUGGAUCGGUAGCCAAUACUUUUUUUUUCUAUUGUGUGUGUGGGUGGGUGUGGGGAGGGAGGAUUGCAAUGUUAGAAAGGGGCUAGGGUUAGGGUUUGGAGGUGGUGGAUUAGAUAUGGAGGAGUCUGAGCUUGAAGAAGGAGAGGCUUGCUCUUACAAUCUCACUAACGAUUUUGGUUCAAGCUUCGACCCUGACAACGAUCUCUCUUACAUUGACGACAAGCUUCAAAACAUACUUGGACAUUUCCAGAAAGACUUCGAGGGCGAUUUUUCUGCUGAGAACCUUGGGGCGAAAUUUGGUGGCUAUGGUUCUUUCUUGCCAACUUAUCAACGUUCCCCUCUUUGGUCUUAUCCAAAGACACCAGCAAAACCUCAGAGUUCUGCAGGGACUAGAUCUCCCAACAUCUUACUAGGGGAGUCCCAGAGUCGUAACGCUUCUUCUUCUAGUGUUCCUAAAAAGGCAAAAUCUGAGCUGGCUUCCUCUAGAAUUCCCAAAAAAUCAAUGAAAUCCAAGAAACCCAACUCCAGUUCUAGACAUGAAUCUGCAACCAAGAAACCGGGUGUCUUCAGUAAACAAAACUCCCUGAAGCUUCGGAUAAAGAUGGGAUCAGAUAAUGUACCAACUGAAAAUAAUGCCGCUGCGAUAUAUAGUGGCCUCGGACUUGAUGUGUCGCCUAAUAGUGUUUCUGGUAGUGAAGGGAUGAAUGGGGAACCUCAAGGUUAUUCUCCGUUGGAGUCUCCCUCUCGUAUUCUUAAUGUUAUGACCUCCCUUCCUGUGGAUCCUUGUCAGUUGCUAUCUCCUCUCUCUAAUGACCUGAUUCGGUUCAUCGAGAGGGAAAAAACCGAGAAGGGAUAUAAGCAUACAUCUCCAUCCAGACUUUUCAUUGAGAGUUCUUCUGCUAUGGCGAACCGUCCAGAACCCCAAAAGGCUGUGGAGGAUCCGUCAGUGGAGAAGAAAAGAAAGAUGCUGGAGAGGAAUAACUUGUCUGCUGAGACAAAUGUCCGCAGUAAGAAGGGCCUAUUAGAUGGAACUGAUGGCUCCGUCAAGAAGCCAACGGAAACAAACACAUCAUAUCCUUCUGGUACUGAGAAAGAAACAGCCAGUGGUAAAUUAUUUGAUGCAUCCAAAGAAAACUACAAUGGCACAGUUAGGGUAGAAAUGGUGGGUGAUGUGGAGAGAAUUCAUAAAGAUCUUGAGCCGCAUCAUGUGAAUCCAAAAACUAGUUCAGCUGGAAGUGUUCGGGAAGAUAAAAAGACUAGAUUUGGUCAUGAUGAUGCUUCAGGAUGCUCAAGGAAAGAACACAAAGGAAGCAAAGCUCCUGAUUUAGUCAAAAAGGAAACAAAAGCGUCAAAGCUGAAAACUGGUCAUAAGGCGGAGCCAGAACAUUGGUCAACAAAACAGAUGUCUGAUCAGAUAGAACGGGAGCCACAGUCUUCAUCGAAGUUUAGGGAACAUAAAAGUUCUGUUGUUUAUGAAACAAAGAUGAAUGGUCAAGCUGAGAAGAAGGAAGUGGCAACCUUGAAACCACAUAGUGGUGGCAAAAAAGCUGAGGACACUUACAAAGACUUUUUUGGAGACAUGGAUGACUCAGAGGAAGAUGUGGAACAGAAUUGUUCGUUGGAGGUAAAAGAUGUCCCCGUAUCGAAAAAGGGACUUCCGACCUUAGAAGAUAUGCCGGAAAAGUCGAGAGUCCCACUGACAGAAUCGCAGAAUGUUGGUCCUGGACCCUUAGUGGGCAAACUUGGUAGUGAUCCCGUGGUCAUAGAAGAAAAUUGGGUUGCUUGUGACAAGUGUGGACAGUGGCGGCUUCGUCCUUUUGGCGUCAUCCCAGUCCUUCCUGAGAAAUGGAUGUGCAGGAUGCUUGAUUGGCUCCCUGGUAUGAACGAUUGCAAUGUUCCUGAAGAUGAAACAACGAAAGCUCUGUAUGCGAUGUAUCAGAUUCCUGCACCUGACAGCCAGGCUCCAAUGCAGAGUAAUCCCAGUGGCCUUAAACCUCAGUUUAAUCAAGGAGAUGAUAACACAAAAAAGAAGAGGAAGGGUUUUAAAAAGUUGGACAAUGGAAUGGUUAAAGAAGCUUCUCGAACUGCAGAAGCGAGCAAGAAGAGUAUCCUACCACCAGCAAGAAAUGGAAUCAUGCGCAAUUCGCAUGGACUUAGUGACUUGGCUGACGAAGAGAGACAGAAACAUAAACAGAAAGAGAAAGGAAAAGGAGUGGAAUACCACUCUGAUGACUCGAGGAUCUUGAAGAUGAAUAACAAAAGGAAUGCAGAUCAAGAGAGUUCUAUGCUGGCCAAGAAAAUGAAGAUUGAAAGUUUUCUGUUUCCUGAUGAAGGAGGAGCUUCAGACAGUGGUGUCCCUGUGGCGUCAGCAGAUAAGAAGCACAAGCCUCGAGCCUCCUCUAAGAUUCCAAAAGAGGAAGGAGGAGCUUCAGACACAGGGAACAGCAAUAGCACAGGGGGCAGUAAAAAGAGGAAACUGAAAGAAAGCCAUGGUUCUCCUCAGGUGUACGGUGAGAACAAAAACCAUGAAGGAAAGAAAGCUCGAGUUCUUAAAGAAGAAAUGGAGCCAAGCUUUUCUCAUGGCAAUGGAAAGUCGGAAAAGAAAAACAAAAGUCACUCAAAAAGAGAGUACCGACAUGUUGCAGCCACCUCUAGCUCUUCUCAUAAACCCAUAAACAGCUCCCACGAAGUUAAAUGUUCGCCUGUUGAGUCGGUGUCAUCCUCACCUAUAAGAAAGAAGAAAGAAGAAUCUUAUGAAGGUGAAGGUGGGAGUGAUAGAUCGCAAACGCGGACAAAGGACAAACAUGGAUCCCAUGAGUCUUCUCUGCGUGAUGUUUGUGAUAAUAAAGGAUCUUUGAAAGCUAAAGAGCGCGCUGAACCUUCUCUGGAUGCCAAUUUAGAGAAUGGUGGCCACAAGGAUUCACCACUAAAAUUGGAUCAUAUUCAUGGUGAAGGAAAGCAAUCUAGCGAUCAUCAUCAUCGACGUAGCAAUGAUUCUUUGGCGAAGAAGUCAGGAAAAGGUUCCUCUUCUCGGUCCAAAGACAAGAACCAAAGCAUUAAGUCUGAUUCACGGGAUGGUCCGAGACAUAUUGAAAAGAAGAUAUACGAUGGUAGUCCAGACACUAGAGUAGACAUGGUCGUGAAACCAAACAUUCCAAAACCUUAUGACGUUGAAAGAGUAUCAGAAAGGAGUAACAGAGCAGAUCUAACUUCUCCAUCACGGCCACCAUCUAGAGGUGAUUCUUCCUGUAAGAAAGUCGAAAAAUGCGGCCCAUCAGCUGGUAAUAAUAGUAUCCAAGCUGAUGAUGUGACAAAGGCAACAGCCCAGAUAAGAAGGAAAAACGAGCCUUCUCCAAGCCCCUUGCGCAAGGAAGUAACAUCUGUGCAAACCGCCCAUAAUAUUUUGAAAGAAGCUACAGACUUGAAACAUAGAGCUGAUCGCCUCAAGAAGUCUUUGUCAAACCUUGAGUUCAUUGAGCUUUACUUCCAAGCUUGCCUCAAGUUUCUUCAUGGUGCUUUUCUCUUGGAGAUGAGCAGUAACGAGAGUGCCAGACAAGGAGAGACAAUGAUCCAAUCUACGAGUAUUUAUACCAGCACAGCGCAUCUCUGCGGAUUUUGUGCCCGUGAGUAUGAGAAGUCUAGAGAGAUGGGAGCUGCUGCUCUGGCGUACAAAUGCAUGGAGGCCGGGUAUAUGAGAGUGGUCAAUUCCUCCUACACCAGUGCUAAUAGAUAUCGAAAUGAAUUACAGACUUCUUUGCAAAUAGUUCCUCCAGGUGAGUCUCCUUCCUCUUCUGCUUCGGAUGUUGAUAACGUGAACCAUCCAGCAGCAGUAGACAGAGUUGGCAAUUCAAGGUGCACCAGUUCUCCUUUAGUUGCUGGGAACCACGUCGUUUCUGCGCAAAACCGCUCUAAUAUCUUACGUAUGAUUCAAUUUGCUCAGAACGUGAAUUUGGCAAUGGAUGCAUCGAGGAAAUCACGUGUGGCAUUGGCAGCUUCUAUUGAAAACCUGGAGGAGGCCGAACAACAAGGAGAGGGAAUUCUAUCCAUUAAAAGCACUCUUGAUUACAACUUUCAAGACUUGGAGGGGUUGCUACGUUUAGUGAAGCUUGCAAUGAAAGCCAAUAACCGGUGAAAGACAGCCGAAAUGGCUUAUUUGCGAAAAUUGAGAAGAAGAAGAAGAGGCAAAAGAAUCCUCUGUUGCCUUGCGGCUCUGCUUGCGUUUUGAGCUUUCGUUUUGGAUCCCAUAAUCAUUUUGUACAAAUCCAUGAAGAGUUCCGCUUACAGAGUCUGCUAUGAACAGCUUUCUGGUAAACCAAGGAAGCAACUUGACAGUUGACUCCAUCAGAUACUUCUCUUAUUCUACCGAAGAAUGCCUCUUCUCCAGCUAAUUAUCCAAGAACCAUGUAUGGAGUAUGUAUACAGAGCAACCAAGGUGUAACUUCUGGUACUGGAUUCUCUAUUUCUCGAUCUCAAGACAGAGAAAGCCGUUCUCCCAGUAUCAGUGUUGUCUUUUCGUUUUUGUAGAUAACAAAGUAAAAGAAAGUUACAAAUAGAGUUCCGCGGCCUUGGAGAACGGCUUUCUCUGGGUUACCAAUAACUUCCUUAUCUGAUUUUAAGUUGCAGUUUUCCGGCAAAGUUCUGAAACAGGCUUUGGUUCCUCUUAUCUUUGUCGUAUCUUAACUAAUAGUAUGUUUUUUUACUGGAAAUCCUCAGCUCAUGAGUGUAUGUAUGCCUUCUCUGGUUUGAAUGGCCUUAAUGUAGAAACUGUACAUUGUUCAUCAAAUAUAUAUAAGUGAGAAUCUUACAGUCA